AUGUUUCCAGUUUCACCGUCAUCAAAGUUGAAAGAAGAUGAAAAGUUUUGCUUCAGUCCUGUUAAAUGGUACCUAGAUAGGGAUGUAACAGAAUUGAAUUGGGCAUGGGAUGAUUAUAUAUCUUACAUAGAGCUAGAGAAAUUGAUUCAUGAGGUGGGAUAUACAAGUUUGAAGGGCAUUUGGUAUGUAAAUCCCAGGUUUAGUUUUUCUAGGGGUCUUACACCUAUAGAAAAUGAUAGGGAUGUACUAAGAUUUGAUAAAUAUGUUGAGGGAUUUGAUUUGGUGGAUGUUUAUGUUGAGCAUGCUAUUGAUAUCCCUGUUAUAGUAGAUGAGGAAGAGUUGGGAAAUGAUGGGAAUUUGGCUGAGAAUGUGGCUGAGGGUGGUCCUAAUGUUGAGGUUGAGAAUAUGGAUGAGGGUGUCACUAGUGUUGAGGUUGAGAAUGUGGCUGAGGGACAUCCUAAUGUUGAGGUUGAGAAUAUGGAUGAGGGUGUCACUAAUGUUGAGGCUGAGAAUGUGGCUGAGGGUAAUCCUAAUGUUGAGGUUGAUAAUAUGGAUGAGGGCGUUACUAAUGUUGAUGGUGAGAAUGUAGUUGAGGGUCCUACUAAUGUUGAGGGUGAAAAUAUGCAAGAGGGUGAUAAUAAUGAUGAUGUUGACUUUGUGGGUGAUUCUGAUGAUGAUUCUAUAGAAGUGGAUUGGACUACUGUGCUACCUACAGAUACAUCAGAAGUACCAACUAAGCAUGUUGCGGAUGAGGAUUCAGAUCAGCUAUACACUCCACCUAAUAUUGAAGAUGAACAAGAGUAUGAACAUUUUCCAAAUUUCCAAAGCAGUGGGACAUUGAAUUUUAAAUUAGAUUUGGUCUUUAACAAUAAGGAUGUGAUCAAGGAUGCUGUCAAAGAGUAUGCAAUGGUUAACAACAAAAAUGUUUACUUCAAAAAGAAUGAUGGAAAAAUGAUGGUGGUCAAUUAUGAAUAG